AAAAGAGACAAAGCUUUUAAGAAAGCCAGCUCAAAAUCUUUAUUGCAAUCGUCACACCAAAAAAAACCCACAAAGAAGCUAAAUUCAAGGCAACAGAAUCCCAGCUUAACCAUUUUUUUUCAUUUAGCUAACCCCUUUAUUAACCAUCAAAAUCCCUUUAAAUUCUCUCCUCUCCUUAUUUCUUUCAAAACAAACAACAAAAACAAAAAGGCUUGCAGCCUUUUUUUUUUUUUUUUUUCAGAUUUUUAUCUUCUAUGCAUCGUACCCGGAUCCGACCCAUCCAUAUGUGUUGACAUAGUCCUGUUUUUCUUUGUCUCCGUUUCUGUGCAGAGCCUCUUAGAGAGAGAUCCCAUUGCUGGAUUUGGGUUUCUUUGUUCUCAAGGGUUCGGCAAUUAAGCAGUCUUAAUGGGGAGUUGUCUGUCAAUACCAGCUAAAAGAAUCCAGACACAGAAAAGGCACCGUCGUCGGUCCAGAAAAUGCCAUGGGAAGGUUUCUGGUUCUAUCACAGAUGGAACCAAGAAAAGGAAUAGUGAUGCUCGUGUAACAGAUAUAGCUGUUAGCGAAUAUGUACAUAUGGAUUUUGAGAAGGGUGAAACCACUACGUGUAGAAGAUCUGAGGUUUCAAACUCCACGUUCCAUCUCACUCAAUUGCAGUGGCAUCUUAGUCAAAUUGAUGCAAAUGUAGCUUGCCAAGAGGAUGCUUGGUUUGAUUCAGUCAGUAUUCUGGAUUCUGAUUCAGAUGAUGAUUUCAUCAGUGUUCAUGGAGAUGGUUUUCCAUCAGUGGGCAAUGCAAUUGGCAAUAUAUCAAGUGGCCAGGUGCUUCAAUAUGAAAGUUCUUCAUGCUUUGUGGAUGGCAAGUGUAAAUAUGAAGAAUACCAUGAAAGUUAUUUAAAAAUAGAUGGAGGUAAAAUGAGCAAAGAUGAACUGAAAGAGUCAAACCGAUUUUCUCUCAUUAAUAGCCAGGGUCAUGAGCUUUCACGCUUUGGAAAGGCUGAUGAUAUUUGUAGUAGGAGGAAGAAACUGUUAGAUCAUUCUCAUGGAAGCUUUAAAGGUCUGAAAGAGGAUAAGCGUAAUUCCGAAGAGAAAACAUUAAGGUCUGGCUUGUCCAGAAUGGUUCCUUCUGUGAGUUUCAAUGACAAGAUUUUGACGUCAACUAUGGCUCCACAAUCCCAAAGAAAAAAAUUAGCAGUUUUUAGGCUUUCUUUUAAGAGGAGAUCAUCAUGUGAUGGAGAAGACAAACAUGAAGAAUAUUCGUCAAAACGAUUUUUAUAUCGUCCCAGAGCAGGAUAUAUAAUUCCAUGUAGCAAGGAUGAGAAGGCAAAUCGAGGAUGUUGGUCUGAGAUUCCACCCUCAACUUUUAAACUUCGAGGCGAGACCUAUUUCAAAGAUAAACGGAAGUCUCCUGCUCCAGAGUACUCCCCAUAUACUCCAAUAGGUGUUGAUUUAUUUAUCUGCCCAAGAAAGAUAAAUCACAUUGCCCAACAUAUUGAGCUUCCUAAUGUAAAAGCAAAUGGGAAAGUCCCUCCUCUUCUAGUUGUUAAUAUUCAGUUGCCUACUUAUCCUGCUGCAAUGUUCCUUGGUGAUAGUGAUGGUGAAGGAAUGAGUCUUGUUCUUUAUUUCAAAGUUUCUGAGAAUUUUGAGAGAGUCAUCUCUCCUCAAUAUCAGGAGAGCAUCAAGAAAUUCGUUGAGGAUGAGAUGGAGAAGGUUAAAGGGUUCACGAAAGAUUCUACUGUUCCCUUCAGAGAAAGGCUAAAGAUCAUGGCUGGGUUGGUUAAUCCUGAUGAUCUCAAUCUGAGUUCUACUGAAAAGAAACUUGUAAAUGCUUAUAAUGAAAAGCCGGUUCUUUCACGCCCUCAGCACAACUUUUACAAGGGCCCAAAUUACUUUGAGAUUGAUUUGGACAUUCAUCGCUUCAGUUACAUAUCAAGGAAGGGACUUGAGUCAUUCCGAGACCGUUUGAAAAAUGGAAUACUUGAUCUGGGCUUAACCAUCCAGGCACAGAAACAAGAGGAACUGCCAGAGCAAGUGUUGUGCUGUUUGCGACUCAACAAGAUCGACUUCUGCAAUCAUGGCCAAAUACCUACACUUAUGACUAUAGCUGAUAAUUAACAUGGUUUUCAAGGUGCAGGAUAUGGAUGUUGAAAGAUUUAGACUCUGGUAUGGAGGAUCAAAAUGUUCAUUUUGUACUUGCUCACUCAUUACAAUUCCAGCCUUUAACAAUCUAAGGAAAAGAAAAUCUUUACUGCAAGAUAGCAAAGUUUACACAUUUGCUUUGUAAUAUUAUCUUUCAGAAAUGUCACACAAGUUUACGAUAAAUCUAGCACGUUAAUUUAACCUUCCCAUGGCUGCUAUUAAGAGAAUCCAUUGGCAGUAAAAACUUGGUAGAAUUCUGAAAUAUACACAGUUUGCUAAAUUAUCAAUUUAUCAUUGUUUAUUAUUAUUAAUAACAUUUUAGUUCAAGAACAACCUCAAUAUGAAUGUGGAGAAGUUUUUAUAAAAAAUUCCAGCUAACCUAAUAGGACAUUGUUUCAGAAAAAAA